GCAGCGCGCCUGGUAACUGCAACUAAAAUAACACACCACGAAGAAGAAGAAGCAGCUAAUCUGCUAGCUUGCAGUUCAGGAAAUUUUCAUCAAUAAUGGAUCAGAAGAUUCCUUAUGAUGAUUACCAGCUCCCAGUGGUAUUCCUGCCCUCUUAUGAGAACCCACCAGCGUGGAUUCCUCCACAGGAGAGGAUUCAUCACCCAGACUACAACAAUGAGCUCACGCAGUUUCUACCUCGCACCAUUGUGUUGAAGAAGCCGCCAGGAGCACAGCUGGGUUUCAACAUUCGUGGGGGAAAGGCGUCACAAUUGGGAAUCUUUAUAUCCAAGGUGGUCCCAGAUUCAGAUGCCCACAGAGCUGGACUACAGGAGGGGGACCAGGUUCUUUCUGUGAAUGACGUAGAUUUUCAAGAUAUCGAGCACUCGAGAGCUGUAGAGAUUCUGAAGACUGCUCGAGAAAUCCUAAUGAGGGUCCGCUUCUUUCCUUACAACUACCAAAGGCAAAAGGAGAGAACUGUACACUAGGGGGCAGCAGAGAGGGAAAAGCCAAACAGCUCUGGACGUCAUUUCCUUCCUCCCACACAGGCUGCCUGAGCUUGAAGAUACAGACGUGCAACUAACAGACUCAUUCAAAGUCCUACAUCGGUUUCUGGCUUGUAAAAGUAUUUUAGCAACUCUUUAUUGCUUCUUCAGGAUGUAGUUACACUGACUUAAUUUAUGAAAUUUCUAGUUAUUCAGAAAUGUAAUGGCUGAACUUUAAACAUAGGCAUUAUUACGUAAUACAGCACUAUAUUCAAACACUUUCAAAACACCUGCAAACCUAAUUAACAAUUGUCUUUUACCCCUUUUUUCUCAUUCUCUAAUUAAAUGGUUCUGCUACAGAUGUGUGUAAAAAGUUCUGAUAAAAAGUUCUGACAUGUAUGUUUUGCGUUUGACACUUAUAAAAUUAACCCAUAUUUUAGUACAAUAUCACACACUGACACAUACAGUAUAGGCUUAUAUACAGAAAGAGCAAACUAGAGUGCAAAACUGUGAAAUCGAAGAAAUGACAGCUCUAUAAGUUAGUGAUUAUAUUGCACACUAGUUUUAAAAUAUUAAUCUAAUAUAUGUAAUUGUGUAUGAAAUGAUACAUUAUAUAAAUAGUGAUUGCUGUCAAAGACUACUUAUCACUUUGAUAUUGCCCAGUAGUUCACAUUUCUUUUAUGACAGGUUUUACACGCACUGCUCUUUGGUUGAAAACUGUUAAUGCUACUUUGAAUCUGUAUAUUUAAGGUGCCAUACUGUUGAGUGUAAGGUGAGUGUAAGGUAUAACAUUGCUAUCAAAGCAAGCAUCAUGAACUGUAGUGCUGUGAUGAUGCUUGGACUUCAGUGUUCAUCUCAUUUCGGAGGUCGUCAACCAAAGAGACACUGUUGAAUUCAAGAGAUGAAGAUCUGUAAAAUCUGUAGAUUUGCACAACUCUUGGUUGCAAACUUAGUAUGCGUAGAGGGGAACUGAGUAGUCCUUGAUGUUAACUGUUAUAUAUAGACAGCAUUCAUGUUUUUUUUUUUUUUUUAACCAUUUGUUAGGAGCUACUUUUUGCUCCUGAGUUUUGUUAUAUUUGAUAACCAUUUCAGGUAAAAUGUAUUAUGUGUUUUGCUUUAAAUUUGAUUUUAAUUAUCUGAAACAUUUUUUAUAACCUGAAUUGACUUUGAAAACCCAAAAAGUAAAUGGUUGAACUUUAGUAACCCUUGUUUGUGCAGUUAAAGGACAUUUUGGUACCAUAGAAUUCACAAAACUCGUUCCUAUGACUUCAGGUCUCGCAUGAUGGAAUUUUAAAACGAAAUAAAUGCAGUCAAUGACACUGAUUACAAAUCAUUGUAAUUGUACAAA